CCCGGAGCUGGGCCGAGGGCGGGCGGUAGAAAGAGAGGGCGGCGGGAGCAGCGGCAGUGCGCGGCGAGCAGCGCGCAGAGGGCCGGGCCCCGCCGGUGGGAGCUGAGCAUGGCUUUGGAUUUCCUCGCGGGAUGCGUUGGCGGUGCUGCCGGAGUGCUGGUGGGACACCCCUUCGACACCGUUAAGGUUCGUCUACAAGUUCAAAAUGUAGAGAAGCCUCUCUACCGUGGGACCUUCCAUUGCUUUCAGUCCAUCAUAAAGCAAGAAUCCGCUUUUGGACUCUAUAAAGGCAUUGGGUCACCAAUGAUGGGACUUACCUUCAUUAAUGCAGUCGUGUUCGGUGUGCAGGGAAACACGCUGCGUGCCCUUGGCAAAGACACUCCUCUGAACCAGUUCCUUGCAGGCUCGGCCGCUGGGGCCAUUCAGUGCAUCAUCUGCUGCCCCAUGGAGCUGGCGAAGACAAGGAUGCAGCUUCAGGGAACAGGUGAAUACAAACAAAAAACGAAGAACUACAAAAAUUCUCUGGAUUGUUUGAUCAAAAUCUACCGAAAGGAAGGGCUGAGGGGAAUCAACAGAGGCAUGGUCUCUACAAUCAUAAGGGAGACUCCGAGCUUUGGCUUUUACUUCCUGACCUAUGACUGCAUGACCAGAUACUUGGGCUGUGAAGCUGAAGACAGUUACGUUAUUCCCAAACUGCUGUUUUCUGGGGGGAUGUCAGGGAUCGUGUCCUGGCUCUCCACCUACCCCGUGGAUGUGAUCAAGUCCCGGCUGCAGGCGGACGGUGUCGGGGGCGUAACGCAGUACAAGGGCAUCCUGGACUGCGUCAGGAAGAGCUACCACGAGGAAGGCUGGAGGGUGUUCACGAGAGGCCUCACUUCUACGCUUCUCCGAGCUUUUCCUGUCAACGCAGCUACUUUUGCUACUGUCACUGUGUUCCUAAUGUACAUGAGGUCAGAAAAUGACCUUCGUGAAUGUGACCCAGGCCCGGUAAUCCAGCAGCCUUCUAGUCUGUGAGCAGCGUGUGCUGCUACCCUCGACCUGAAGCCCCGCUGUCUUCUCAGUGUAAACAGCUGAUCUGCACAAGUGGUGUAAACGUACGCUACCUGUAUAAAGAACUCCUAAAUGCAUCAAAUUAGGAUUUUAUCUCAUUACUUGUAUCAAUAGCACAUGACUUUAUGAAGGACUUAAUAACCAGUAGUAUUUAAGUAAGAUGGGGACCUGCCUUUAGAAAGCACUGUACUGCUGGGGCUCCAGAAGAGGAUCUGGAGAAUGUCUGAGUACCAGAAAUCAGGUUUUAACCCGUGUUCUGAAUGAGCUGAAUUGAAUGCAGAAGUGUGUUCAGAAAAGAAAUGCUUUUUGUAUGUAGCAGGAGCACAUAUAGUCCUCCAAGGUGAAGCAGGGAGAGGGGUAGCAUCUUGCAGGUAACCCUGAACUGUUAAAGAAUGGACUAAAGUUCAGCUGGCCCCAUGUUUUACUUUCCCUCUUCUUCUAAGUGUCAGUGGUUUUAGUAGCAUCGUUGUUCACACUGGUUUGCUAAAAUAAAUGAUUUGUUUCCAAGCUACUCCCUCACCUUUCAGAUUUGAAUAAAUAUCUCAAGCACAAAGUUAGCAUCUGCACUUAGAUUCACUUCUUUAAAUUUCAAGGCUAGUAAGGAUUAAGGGAAAGUCAAAGCUAGCAAGACUGAUGUUGUCUGCCUUCACCUCUACUUCUUGUUUGGCAGGUGUACACACAGGUCUACACACUCUACAUACAGAGUGUGUAGAGUGGUUUCAGACCACGUAAGCUUUGUUCUCUGAGUUAAUGCAACUUUGUGCCACUUCUCCCAAGGGGCAGCCAGUGAUGUACAGAAGUCCUACCUGUGUUAUUGCACAAAACGUUAGUGGGUGUAGUGUUAGCUUAGCAGCUUGAAGUACCGUGGAAAUACGCACAUCUUUAGAUUGGGAAGUUUUAUACCUUCCCAGAAAACAAGGGGUGCAAGUGUAAUGGUUCGCGUUGAAUGCACUUGCACUGAGAAUUUAAACAAUACUGAUUUCUAUGUAUUUAGUUACAGUGCUACUGAAAAGACUAAAAAGGGUUCUGAAGAAUGUUCUUGUUACAUGAAUCUGCUGUGUUUUAUUUUUUUUUAGCAGUCUGUUCAAGAGGGAUUGCUUUAGUCAGAGCUUUAAAAUGCAAUUUAACAUUUGGAGUAAGAACCACACGUAUCGGGCACAAAUAGCCAGGAGAAAGAAAGGAGUGCAUGCUUGUUGGUGAAUGUUCUAAAACAUAUCAAGCUACUUCAGUAAAUUUGUUACAUUUUCAGUUGGGACAAGUGCAAUAUGUGUUUAAUUUAUAUGGAUUUUUCUAAAGAAACCUUAUUUCAUAGCAUUUUGCACUGUAACAACAUAUACUGGAGAAACCUGUUAAACUGGUAUGUGUUUUUAUACCUUGAAGGUAUGUUGGAUGUUUUAGUGCCUACUUGCACUGAGAUUCAAAUUGAAUGUUAAAUCUGUCUACUAAGCUGCACAUGCACAACUCACAGCAAAGACCAUUUACACCUUUGUACAGUAGUCUGUAAUUAUUGUAUAUAAAACUGAGGGAAUAAAUUUUUUUAAAGAUA